UAUGAUGUACACACGAAUAUGUACUUACGUAUUCUACUUGAAUAACAGCACAUUAUGAAUUAUAAUUAUAGAGAAGGUGGAAAGUCCUAGCUAGUUGAGUCAAUCAAGAAUCAUGGCGCUUCGUAUGAUCAACCACGUUAGGCUUCUUCUUGUUGCUGCUGCACUGGUCGUGAUGGUUGUCGCUUCCGUGGCCAGAGAAAGUUUAUCAGUUGAUUCUCCUCCGGUGAAACAAGAUCUAGCAAAGAGAGAUGAUACAAUUUGGGAAGAAGUAUUUCUCGAGGAUCAUGGUUCUUGGAGCCCGACUCCAACAGUUCGAGGAGAAAUAAGAAUAGUGACGACGUGGUGUGUAACAGAGUGAUUCCGAAAGUCACGUGGUAGAGGAGUCAUCAAACACGACCUACCUUUACGCGUUCUUAUUUAAUUAUACAAUACGACCAGCUGCUUAAAAAAAAAUAAUAAUAAUAAAUCAUAAAAUCGAUCAUAUGAGUCGGUCUCUGCGAAACUUGAAGCUUGGAUUUGGACUAUUGAAAGUAUGUUAAAUCUCAACUACAACAAAGUUAGUUUUGCUUCAGAGGAUAAAGAUUUGGUUGAAGCUGUACUUAGACCAAAAGCAUGGCCAUCUCUUAAAUUUCAGUUCCAUAUGUUGGGAGCAAGUUUGAAAAUUUUUUUGGAUUGGAACCUGAUGUUGAAAGACAGAAACUCAAAUCUUGGAGCUCACUUUAUAGCUAAAAGCGUCAUAAGAGAGGAUCAGCGUCACUCGUAUGUAGCAACCGGAUAUCCCUCUUGGUUACAAGAUCUCUUUGAGGAGGAUAGAGCUAGUUUAUAGUUUAAAUCUUGAGUCAGCUUUUAUUGGGAUGAUUUUUUGUUGAUCCGUCUUGUAUUUUAGUUUUCCAACAGGUCAAUC